CUGUGAACAAAAUACACGCGACGGUAUUGAAGCGGAAAUGACCACGCUGACUUUAUUUUUGUUUUUAUUUUUCUGAUUGCUAUAUAGUACACCCGUAGCCUAUCAUUAUAAUUGUCACGGACGGACGGCGAUUGAUGAUCUAUGGCCAGUAUAAAACGUAGGCGCCCAUAUUGGAGAUUGUCACAAUCGAAACUGCUUCCGUAGCGAAUUGAAGCAUCUUAUCGCUUACGUAAUAAUAGUGCUGUGUGUUGUUCUACAGUUUGAACUCUCGCUGGAAAAUGAAACAAUUCCCCUGGAUUAUUGUCGCCUUGAUCGCUAUUUGCAGCGUUCACAUAACCAUGGCGAACCUUCAACGGAAGAAUUCGACAGAUGUGUACAUCCCAGCGCCGACCCUUUUCCGAUCCGUUUUCGGCGGUCGCCCUAUCCAAGGUUAUCCGAAAGAUCGUGAUACUCCUGUUCAGACUGCCAAUAAGAAGGAGGAUGAGCCUGAGGAAGACAAUCAACUCGACGACGCAGCAGUCGAGGAAAACAAAAUCAACACCGAGGACGCCGGAAGCGAAGAAAGUGAAGAGGACGACAGCAACGAAAGCCGGAUCAAAAAGAGCGCUAGCGACAGCGACGAAAGUGGCAGCGACGAGAGCGACGAGAGUGAUGAAAGUGACGAGUCCGACGAAGAAGAUGACGACGAUGAUGACAAACCCAAACGUAAACCGAGCCGUUGGCGUCAAACUCGAUACGGCAGCUCGUUCCGCAUCCAAGCCGUCGGACGACCCAUCAACUACCGUCAAGACAGUCGGAACCCGGAAACUUCGAGAUAUUGAAAGUUCUCCGACUGUCUGAUACUAUAAACAAAUUGAUGUAGGGUGAAAAAAAUGCUCAGUACUAAAUUAUUUCAUGACCGAAUUAUAGAGUUUUUUAGAAAUACCUGAAAAUGAUGAAUACAAUUUUU